GCCGCUUUUGCCACGACUAUAAUAAAUAUCAAAUUGUACUGCUUUCGUUUAUUUUUUUAAGGAUGGUCGACCGGCUGGACCUUCGCCACGAAGCCGCCGAAAAUGCGGCUCGUAGCGGCGCAAUUGCGUGGCGGGAAGACCAGGAACACCGGACGUCUUCCUUCCAGCACUUGUUAACCGGCAUCAACGAGCCGUGCAGCAACCAUCCCGAGGGGGUGUCUCUGUACAGGGAAUCGCUUUAUUCAAAUUCCCGUGCGGAGCUGGAUCGGAUAAAACGCAAACUACUCGCGGAACAGCAAAAGGAGACUCAUUUUACCUUCGCGAAGCGCCGCAGAGACCUGGUUCGGGAAGUCGAAAUGGAAACGAAACAGAGCGUUAGACAGGAGAGCGAUGUUCAUCUUCUCGCGAGAUCGGUGUCCUCGUCCGGCGCAGGAGUAGCAGAGGCGUUGGAUACAUUAAAUGGUCAACAGCAAGAACCCUUUGUCACACCACCUGCCGAGCAGGACAGCUUGCAAGAAAAAGCGAAUCUCUUCCUGGAAUUCGAGCACGCGUUCAAAAAGGCCGACUUGUAUUGGCAGCAGCACUUGCAGGAGCUCGAUUCGGAGCACGAGACGCGCACCGCAGCGCUGCGGGACCGGAUCCAGGCUGUGGAACAGCAGAUUAGGAAGUUGCAGAAGGAACAGCAGUCGUCGUGUUCGAAGACAGGAGCACAUCAUAGUGGAAGAACCCGGAGCGGUUCUACCUCCCCAGGUCGUAGUCGUGGAGCUGCAUCAUCCCCGGCUGCUUCCCCGCAUUCAGAAUUGCGGUACCGACAGAACCAGCAUGGCCCGACGGCGUUGAGAAUUCGCCCCGCGUCGCCAGGGCCUCCGGAGGAGAAAAAGCUGCGUCAAGAAAUUGCACCUGGCAAUAUGGGAGGCGGACAAGAGUUACUUUAUCACCACGGCGAGGACGCGGAGGACAAAAACGACGACGACUCAGAAAUUGUCGAGCUGAAAAACCAGAUCCGACAGAAAGAACAGGAAGUUGAAUUGCUAAAAUUGAAGCGCAAGCUGCCGCAGACGCGCGACCUCGGGGUGUUACGGAAGAUGGAGGAAACGCUUUCCGAGAAAGCGCGAUAUUGUGGAGAAAAAUCUCCCCUCCUCAUAUUGAAAACGUAUCUUAUGAAAAUUUGUGAUGCAGAUUAGUGGCCAGAAAUCCUGUCUGUCUUGCGAGAAGGCAAACCCAGGCGCUUUGCCACGCCAUGCAGGCGAUUUGUAAUGCUGUAUGGACUACGGGGUAGCCGUCUACCAUACUAGGCGCCUACACCAAAAGGCCCCUAUCUAAGCUGGCGAUCUGCGUGCCGUCCUCUACUGCAAGACAAGGCUGAUUUGUGUACGCAAGUCCAGCAUCACAGAUUUCCUUUUCGAUAUGGGGAGGGGGGAUUUUUCCUUUUGAUACGCGAAACAUCGAGUUCACCUGGGCGCUAUCCUUUGCAAAAGUAUCGCACUCGUACUAAUUGCAUUUAUGCAUUACAAAUCUCUUUCUCAAGGCAAAUCAGCAUUACAAAUUCAAUUUGUAAUGCUGGGUCAAUUUGUAAUGCGAUUUAUACUAGUACGAUGCUUUUGCAUUGCAUAGGCGCAGGUGCAGGAAGCUGUUUUGAAUAAAUAGCCGGAGUAUGGGAAGAUGGAAGAUGAGGACAAUAAAGCUCGCACGACACUAGUCCUUGGCUCACAUAAUUCUUGUUCGCAUCUUCUUUCUCCUGCUCAU